UGUUGCAGCUGCUGCACUCAGCUGCCCGAAGCUAAAGCUAAACUUUAAUUAGCCAGUUUUGGCCGCCGGAUUAAGGACGCUUGUCGGUAUCAUGUUAACUAUGUGUUGUCCGAGUUGAUGAAACGGACCGUGUUUCGAGUGAAAUACAGACAUUUAGUAGAUUUGGCGCACAGCGUUAGCUAGCGGUUAGCUAGCCCGGCUAGCUCGGAGCUAACUGUAUCAACAAGUUUAGCUGAAGAUGGACUGCUCGGCGCUCGAGCUCGAUGCCAUCAAAUUUGCCAAAAUAGCUGUCACCUACGACCAGAGUGGCAAAUAUGACGAGGCCGUGUUUUAUUAUAAGGAGGCAGCUCAGGCCCUGAUAUAUGCCGGCAUGGCGGGGUCUAAACUGGAGGGGAUCCAGGACAAAGUGAAUGAGUACCUGGAUCGUGUCCAAGCCCUCCACAAUGCAGUCCAGGCCCAAAAGAGCGACCCGCUGAAGUCCCGGCAGCAGGUGGACCUAGAGCGCGCCCACUUCCUGGUCACCCAGGCGUUCGAGGAAGACGAGAAGGGAAACGAUGAUGAAGCCAUUGAGCUGUAUAGUCAGGCUGUGGAGCUGUGCAUCGAGACGUCCAACGAGACAUCGGACCAGACGCUGCAGAACAAGCUGAAGCAGCUGGCACGUCAAGCUUUAGACAGGGCGGAGGGUCUUAAAGAAUCCAAGUCCAGAUCAACUCAGGACAGGACUGGGCCUCCUGGAGCCAAGCCCAGUACUGGUGCCAGUUCUGGGGGACCGGUCCGCCAGUUCUUCCCCCUGGGGCCAGACUUCAGCCUCCAUGACCGACCACAGCCCCAACCGGUGCGGGCGGUCCAGUCCAGCGAGCCUCAGGGUCAGCGCUACACGUCCGAGGAGAUCGAGGUGCUCAGGAGUACAUCUAAAAUCAAUGGCAUCGCCUACGUGCCCUUCAUGAGUGUGGACCUGAGGGAGCGAUUUGCCUUUCCUGUCCCUUUCUCGGACAAAACAGGGAAACUGGCUCUGUCACCCAAACAGAAAGCCAUCUUCUCCCGCUGGGUCCGUCCAGACGAGAUCUGCAAUAACCCGACCAUGAUCAUGUCUGUGUCCAGCUUCAGCAUCAAACAGACGGUGGUGUCUGACUGUUCGUUUGUGGCAUCGUUAGCCAUCAGUGCAGCCUACGAGAGGCGCUACAACAAGAAACUCAUAACCAGCAUCAUCUACCCUCAGAACAGACGAGGGGAGCCAGAGUAUAACCCGUGCGGGAAGUACAUGGUCAAGCUUCACAUCAACGGAGUUCCCAGGAAGGUGAUUAUAGAUGACUAUCUGCCGGUGGAUCGUAACGGAGAGCUGCUGUGCUCCUACUCCAGCAACAGGAACGAGCUGUGGGUCUCCCUGAUAGAGAAAGCCUACAUGAAGGUGAUGGGAGGCUACGACUUCCCCGGAUCCAACUCAAACAUCGACCUGCACGCGCUCACCGGCUGGAUCCCUGAACGCAUCGCUAUGCACUCAGACAAUCAGUCAUUCAGCAAAGACGACACUUUCCGAAUGCUCUUCCAGAGGUUUCACAGGGGUGACGUCCUCAUCACCACGGCAACGGGGGUGAUGACAGAGGAAGAAGGGGAGAAAUGGGGUUUAGUGCCAACACACGCCUAUGCUGUUCUCGACAUCAGGGAUUAUAAGGGAAUGCGUUUCCUGCAGCUGAAGAAUCCGUGGAGUCAUCUGCGGUGGAAGGGGCGUUACAGCGAGCGUGACGAGAAGAACUGGACACCUGAACUCCUCAAGUACCUGAACUUUGACCCCAAAACAGCCCAGAAGUUUGACAAUGGUGUUUUCUGGAUCGCGUGGGAGGACCUUUGUCAGUACUAUGAUGUCAUCUACCUGAGCUGGAACCCCGCCCUGUUCAAAGACUCCUCCUGUAUUCACAGUAGCUGGGAUGGGAAGCAGGGUCCCGUGAAGGACGUCUACAGUCUGGCCAACAAUCCGCAAUACAAGCUGGAGGUCCAGUGUCCGACAGGGGGCGCUGCUGUGUGGGUGCUGCUCACCAGACACAUCACAGACAAGGAUGAUUUUGCACAGAACAGGGAGUUCAUCACUCUUGUCGUUUACAAGACAGAUGGGAAGAAGGUUUACUACCCAGCGGACCCUCCUCCUUAUAUCGACGGCAUCCGAAUCAACAGCCCGCACUACCUGACCAAGAUGAGGCUGACCAGCGCAGGAACACACACCUUCACACUGGUGGUCUCCCAGUAUGAGAAACAGAAUACCAUCAACUACACACUGCGGGUGUACUCUGGAUGCAAAUUCACCUUCUCCAAGAUCCCAAAUCCCUUCACUCAAACCAAAAGGAUUAACGGCCAGUGGAAGGGGCAGAGCGCCGGAGGCUGUGGGAACUACAAGGAUUCAUACAAACACAAUCCCAUCUAUCAGAUCAACCUGGAGCGGCCGGGACCGCUGCUCGUCGAGCUCCGGGGAUCCAGGCAGUACAGCGUUGGCUUUGAGAUGGUGACGGUGUCGACGGUCGGGGAUCCGGGCCCGGCCGCCUUUACGAAAAAGAGCAGCGGAGAUUACAGAUGCGGCUUCUGCUACAUGGAGGUGGACCACGUCCCCGCGGGCCUCUACAACGUCAUCCCCACCACCUUCCUGCCCAAACAAGAGGGACCCUUCUUCUUGGACUUUAACAGCACUUUGCCCCUCAAGGUCUCGCAGCUCCAGUGAAGGCGGAGCUGGAGAGCGGACGGGUCAGAGACUGACGGGGAGAAAGGUACCUGAAGGAUGUCCCUGAAACUGUACUUUGGAUGUGAUGAGACACAAAGACCCCUGAAUGUGUCCCAGCUGAGGACAGACUAAUGAAACCGCACAGUUUGGUGCAGAAAUGAAUUAUUUAGGAAUCAUCACGUGGAGCUUGGGUGUGGAAUAAAAUCCGCCGACAGUCGAGGCGUUUUGGGACAAAACAAAAUUUCAUCUAAAUUAGAUAGUGACAGAGAGCUGCCGUACUUCCUUUUGCCAUAAGAAGAUAGACACGGAGUCCGGGAGCGCCGGUAUCAUCCGGAACAAACUAAAAUCUGGAGGAUCUCAUGAGGUCACAGUGAUCAUGUGACCACAUCCUGGACUCGACAGGAUGUCAAAAUGUCAGCUUGUGUUUUGCCGCAGUGAGCAUCUCAACAGCCCCAAAAUUCACUCUUCAUACUUGUUUCUGGGUGGAAUUUUUUUAAGAUGUUUCGGCUGUUUUGAGAACCUUUAAGUUCCUCAGAGAGCGAGGAGGGCGUCUGACCUCACAAACUGUCAUGGAUUUGGGACCGUUGAUUUUAGUGGCAUCGUAUUACCAUGACAACAAACACUAGGUGAGUUUCCAUUAACCUUCAAAUUGUGCAAGUUGAAAUUUGAAUUUGAAUUUUAAAGAUACUUUAAUAAUCCCCAGAAUUUAACUGUGAACUGAAAACUCAAAGUCUGACACAAGAAAAACGUUAAAAACUACAUACGACAUAAACGUUCAAAAAGAAAAAAUCCAGUCCAACUGUGAAUAUAUAACACACCUAAUGGAAAUACGUCAAUUUCGAAAAAAGUCCAUUUAUCGCACAAAAACAGGGACAGUUUGACCAGUUUUGACUAAUUAAAGUUGCAUAAUUUAAUCUACAGAUACCGAUGAUGAGCAGAUGUUAUCGUGCAUCCCUAAUCAAGAUCAAGAUAUAAAAACAAUAAAGAUAAUUAUACAGAAACUAGAGAGGAAGACAGUUUAGGGUCAUGGAAAUCUUUCGUGGUGAAAAGCCGUAGAAAGCGUCUGACAGAUUUCUCUGGUCUGUUUAACAGGAUUGAAAAUCAGCUCGUGCUGGAGAUGCUCACAGCUGCAACUUGAGAAGAACGAGUUGCUUAAUUUUGGCAACUUCGAUACAAAACUUUAUUUGGUGUUGAUAUUUUACUAAUGACGGCCUCAGUCAUCCCUUUCUUUCAAUUUUUACUCCACUUAACUCUGAUUGAACUUUGUGAUUUAGAGUAAAAAUAUUCUAAAAUCAGAAUAGUAAAUGCUGAUUUAACCCUUUGAAACCUGAGCAAAUUGUCUUGAUUUU